AUGGUUGCCAAAGUCAUCUUCCUCAUGUCUGACUACGGCCACGACCCGACUGAGACCGCUGUGCCCUUCACGCACUUCAAAGAAGCUGGGUUUGAAAUCACAUUUGCCACAGAAAAGGGCGAAUCGCCAAAGUGCGACUCUAGAAUGCUCGAGGGCAUCACCCAGGUGCUUCUGGGCGCCACAAAGUCUGUCGUCUCUCAGUACAACGACAUGAUUGCCUCUCCUGAGUGGGCAUCUCCUCUGUCGUGGAUGACGCCCACCUUGGAUCUUUCUGCCUAUGAUCUCGUUUUUCUUCCCGGAGGCCACGACAAGGGCGUCACCCAGGUCAUUGACUCGGCUCGCGUCCACGAGCUCAUUGCCGCCUACUUCCCUCUCACUACCCGCGCCUCGGAGAACAAAAAAGCCAUUGGCGCAGUGUGCCAUGGUGUCAUGGUUCUUUCGGAAACAUGUCGUGCAGAUGGAAAGAGUGUACUCAAUGGCGCCAUCACCACAGCCCUCCCUACCCGCUUUGAGCAGCUUGCUUUCUGGGGCACAAGGGCAUUCCUCGGCGACUACUACAAGACGUACGGUGCCUGCAGUGAGAAUGUCGAAGAAGCUGUGACCAAGAAGCUCGCUCAGCCUUCCGAUUUCAAGAACAGCCUCAAGCCCGCUCCAUUUGUGGUAGAGGAUCCCACCUUCAACUACAUCAGCGCUCGCUUCCCCGGCGAUGUGCAACUCAUGUCGGAAAAGCUCGUGGCCCUCACCAAGAGCUUGACCUCAUAA